AUCAUAAUAUUUCACUAUCUUUUUCGAAUAAUGAAGUGUUUCCUAAUCCUUUUAUACUUGUGUAGCAUCAAAACAACACAAGCGAGCCAAAUCAAUAUUGAAUCGAUACCAUCAAGCUAUAGAGACAAGUAUAAAGUAGAAUCUCCAACAUGGAUAGGAGUGGACAGUUACGCCGGUUUCAUUCCAGUCAAAAAGGAGUACGAUUCGAGGCUCUUCUUCUGGUAUUUUCCGACAAGAAAUGCCGGUGAUGACACGCCGUGGAUAAUAUGGCUGCACGGAGGACCGGGAGUGUCGUCUUUAGUAGCCAUUUUUGAAAUAAAUGGCCCCUUUACUAUAAGUGGUGAUAAAGUGCAUUUGAGGAAUUCUUCAUGGACGAACGACUACUCAGUAUUGUACAUUGACAAUCCUGUCGGUGCUGGCUUCAGCUAUACAUGCAACGACAAGGGGUAUACGAGCAGUGAGGACGAAGUAGGCGAACAGCUGCUGGAAUUCCUACGGCAAUUCCUGGCAAUAUUUCCUGAGCUGCGUCAGCGGCCACUGUUUGUCGCAGGCGAGUCGUAUGCGGGCAAAUACGUUCCUACACUAGCUGCGGCCUUGCAUAGGAGCAGACGUGAGCCCGCCCACCAAGUCAAUCUGAAGGGUGUGAUGAUAGGCAAUGGGCUGAUCGAUCCGCGAAGCAUGAUGCACUACACAGACUUGUGUCUCGUCCUCGGCCUGUUGGACGACCAACAGGGUACAGUCCUGAGGAAGUUGGAGACGGACGCCGUAAAACUCCUUGAUGCUGGACGAAUGGUAGAUGCGUCUAAUAAAUUCAACGAGACCAUAGAAUACAUCAAAAGGCACAGCGGCGUCAGUUUCUUGAACUUCAACAAAGACGGAGCAGCUGUGUACACGUUUCUGGACUUGCUGAAUAAACCUGACGUCAGGCAAAGCCUGCACGUUGGCAACGCGACGUUCAACGUCAACAACCAGCUGGUUUACGAGAGGAUGCUGCCGGAUUUUAUGAAUACAACUAAACCUUUCGUGGAAGAGUUGCUUGAACAUUACGGGGUGCUUUGUUAUAGUGGGCAGUUCGACGUGAUCUUGCCGUACUGGGGGUCGAAACACACGUAUGCUUCGCUACAGUGGUCUGGUCGAAGUGAAUACGACGAAGCCCCACGGACGCAGAUGAAAGACGAUACGGGUCGUGUGGUGGGUUACAGGAAGAGCGGCGGGCGGUUCACCGAAGCGUUAAUACGGGGAGCUGGCCACAUGGCCCCGAAAGACAAGCCUCUUGUGGUCAAAGCCAUGAUCGACGACUUUAUACGCGAAUAUAGCAAAUCAGUUACUUCUUGACAAAUUU